CCCUGGCCCUGGACGAUAGAUCUCAAGCAGUGCCCAGAUGACAAGUUUUUUGUCGUUCAGGUUAUUUUCUUUGUCCUUGGACUGGGAACGCUGCUGCCAUGGAAUUUCUUUAUCACCGCUAUUCCCUAUUUCGAGAAGCGCCUCGCUGGGAAUACUUCGCUGGCCGGGAUUUCCACUGGGAAUGUCGAGGAUCCCUGUCAUUUUGGGAAUUGGAUGACGCUGCUCUCCAUGCUGCCCCUGCUGAUGUUCACCUGCCUCAACUCCAUCCUGUACCCCAGGGUCUCGGAGAUACUGCGGAUUGCUGGCAGCUUGUUUGGGAUCUUUAUCCUGUUCUUGGUCACAGCCGUGAUGGUGAAAACGCAAAUUCCUGGGCGUGCACAUCUCUUUGGAGCGGUCCUGCAGGGGUUGUUCGGAUUGAUUGGGCUUCUACCGGCCAAGUACAGCGGUGUCUUCAUGAGUGGCCAGGGCGUGGCAGGGACCUGCACAGCCUUGGCCUCCAUCUUUGCCAAAAUAUGUGGGUCUGAUGAGGAAGUGAUGGCCUUGGGAUAUUUUAUCACCCCCUGUCUUGUGAUCCUGAUGACAAUGGUCUUCUAUCACAUCCUGCCUCGGCUGGAGUUUAUCCCGCUGUUCGUGUUCUGUAACGUGAGGGGGGGGGGGGGCUCUACCCCGAUGCCUUUCCUCCACGACGCCUGGUACAUGGUCUUCAUGGUGGCCUUCGCCUUCUCCAAUGGACACCUGGUCACCCUCUGUAUGUGCUACGCCCCCAAACAAGUGUCUCCCCGUGAUGCUGAGACAGGCGGCGCAGUCAUGGCGUUCUUCCUGGCCCUGGGGCUGGCACUGGGAGCGGCUCUCUCCUUCCUCAUCAGGUUCAGCGUCUGAAGCUCUCCCUACUACCCCUCCUCUCCCCCCCACUCCCCUCUCUCUCCCCCUCCCGCCCCCUCUCUCUCUCCCCUCCCUCUC